AUGUCUAGUUUCCGGGGAAGCGAUAGAAACCGCAAUCGUCGACGCUACAACAUGUGGGAGACAAUCAACAAUGAAGAGGAGCCCUCCCCAGUGGUGGUGAAUGCCACUUUGAAUCUUGCAACCAAUCAGUUCGACGUCAUGGAUAACCCGGUGGAAGAACGCCCUCCUCCAUCAAAGUUCGAUUUCUUGCGACAUGGCCAGGAUAGUCGAGCUAUGCAAUGGACUAUGGAUAUGCAACACGGCAAUGGCUGGGGAGCUGCACCCGCGCAAGUGGAGUCGUGGUCGCAACCUAUGCACGAGUUUGAUACGAGCCAUGACACUCGUUUCAGCAAAGGACACGCUGGCAACAAUGACAACAACUAUGGCGAUGAUGCACCCACGUUUAAGCUUAACUUUGAUGUUGGUGACGAGAAGGCAUAUUUCACCCAACAUGUCGACUUUGAUUCCUAUCGCACACGAUCCGUUGUCCCUGAAGCCGAAGACAUAUUGAAUGCCGAUGACGAUUUAUUGGAAUAUCAUCCUGGCACGCUUCCCAAUGUACCUGUCAACCGUGUCCAUGGCUCGUACAACAGCAUUCAAGAAUAUCUCUACACCCACUUCGAGCUCAUGCGCACUGAUUUGCUGAUUCCGCUCCAAAAGGCCGUAAAGACGUAUCGCAAUAGUAUCAGAAAAGUCGAUGAAGUCAAUCUCUUGGAAGAUCCAUCCUUCACCUCUCAACCACCUACCGAUCCCGCUGCACCACCACCACCAAGAGCAUUUCGCGUUUAUGAACAUGUGCGAUUGAAUGCGGUGGUGUUUGGACCACGUCAAGUGUUGUAUCGAAUCGCAUUUCGUUUGCCGUACACAGAAAAUCGAGUCGCCUGGGAGACAUCCAAACGAUUGAUUGAAGGCUCAUUGGUCAUGCUAUCCAAGGAUAACUUUGAAAAGGAUAUCAAGAUUGCCACCGUGGUUGCCAGAGGUGACGUUCCAAUGCGAGGAUCAAAUCGCUUCGAGUACAUGAUUGAUAUUAUGCUGGAGAGGGAUAACAAUGCUUUGCCAAUGGGAUUUGGUGACCCUCUUGGCGUUGAGCAAGACAAAUACACAAUGAUUGAAGCUACAGAAGGAUACUUUGAAGCGUAUCGACACAUUCUCAGCGUCAUGCAAAACAUGCCACCCGAAGAUUUGCCAUUCGCCCCCAUCUUGGUCGAUGUCUCCAAAGACGUGCUUUUACCGCAUUAUGCAGCUGUCAAACGCAAUUAUGAUAUUGCUCCUUACCGAAAUGGUCAACGCCAAGGCCCACCCAUGCCUGUUGAUAUCACCGCUCAAUGGCGUCCUUACAACAUCGGGAUGGAUAGCACACAAGUGGAUGCGUUGAAGACUAUGCUUUCCAAUAACAUUGCAAUUGUACAAGGUCCUCCUGGUACUGGUAAAACAUUUGUGGGCACAUACGCCAUGCGGGUGCUGCUCAACAAUUUCCCAAAGAGUAUUGGACCCAUUGUAUGCAUUUGUCAAACCAACCACGCCUUGGAUCAGUUUUUGGAACAUAUUCUUCGGGACAAUGAUGAGAUUGUGCGUGUUGGCAGUCGAUCCAAAUCAGACCUUAUGAAGGACCAUCUAUUGUACGAGUUACGUAAGGAGGCAGCACCACCCAAAGGCAUUGGUCGAUUGUAUCGGAAACGUGAUGAAAUUGAACGCAGCAUCCGUGAUCUCAUUAUCGAAUUGUAUGAGGAGCCAUGUGUGACACUGGAGUAUGUGAAAUCAAUCAAUGGUCUCAGCCCAAGACAACUGGACAGCUUGAAACGAUUGGGUGAGCGUGAGAAGAAGCGUUCUGAAAAGAAGCCAGCUGGUGGAAUAUCCUUUGAUGAUGACGACGAUGACGACGACGAUUGGGUUAUCUCGACAUCAGCAGCGGCAGCUACUCCAUCAUCCACAUCAUCAUCUCGCCCUGGAUCAAAGCAACAAAACAAACGUGGAGGACGUAAUAACAAGCGCCAACAACAGCAAUCUUCAAAGAGUAAUGGUGCCAGCAGCGAAUGGUUGGAUGGUAAUCCGAAUUUGGAACCAGAAGCCAAGGAGUCCAAGAUCAAUCCCAUCGAAGUUUGGCUACAAGAUGCUAUUGAAUACGCUAGCGCCAACGGUGCACUUUACACAUUUCAAGAUGAGAUGAAGGAGGAUUUACUUGAACAGCAAAAGGGAUUGAUUUUCGAUGAGGAGGAUGAGGAGGAUGUUAUGGACGAAGAUGAAAUCCGUGAAAUCAAGCUCAAUUUCGUCGAUGAACCUGAUUUACGUGGCAACAAGAACAGAUUCAUCAACAUUGGAUAUGCCUAUCAGAAGCAAGAGGAUCCCAACGAACGACCAGAGACUUUUUGGGACCGAGUGAUGGAUGCCGCAGGCAACAAUGUGGGUAGACGUGAUGCUCAAGCACGCAAGGUUGUCAAUUACAAAAAGAUGGAUUCUUCAAAAAAGAUGGAUACCAGUGGGUUCAACUUUUUCGACGAUCUUAUGGAUGAAACUCCUGCUGCUGAGGAGCCACAGCAUUAUGUUCUUGAACGGUGGGCAAAGGACGAGCCUGAUGCCACCAUGUGGCCACUGCCGGUACGACUUGAAGCUCACAAGCGUUGGGCAGAGCAACGUAAUCGUGAUUUAAGUGCAACGCUGCGUGGAUUGAUGGUGCAAUAUGAGAACAUAUCCAAGGAGAUUCGUAAGCUUAACGUGGCGAGAGACGUCAAGAUUUGUCGAGAUCAUCGAGUUAUUGGUAUGACAAGUACUGCAGCGGCAAAAUACCAUGAUCUUCUUGAAGGCAUCAAACCCCGUGUGAUGGUGGUUGAAGAAGCAGCAGAAAUGCUUGAAUCCCAUAUUGUCACUGCCCUUACGCAAUCUUUGCAGCAUCUUAUAUUGAUUGGUGACCAUCAACAAUUACGACCUCAAUCAGCUGUUCAUCAACUCGCCGAAAAACACCAUUUGAGCGUCUCGCUAUUUGAACGCCUUGUCAUGAACGACCUACCAUUUACGAGACUAUCACACCAACGACGUAUGCGACCUGAUAUCCGCAUGUUGAUCGAUCCAAUCUACAGUGAUCCACCACUACGUGACCACCCGGAUGUCACAAGGUAUCCUGCUGUACGUGGCGUCCAAGAGCCUGUCUACUUCAUCAGUCACAAUGAGGAUGAACAGCAUAUCGCCGAGAGCGCCUCUAAAUGCAACGAACAUGAGGCAUUAAUGGCAGCCAAGUUAUCCAUAUACCUCAUGUUGCAGGGAUAUUCUCCUGAAGACAUUACGAUUAUUACCAUGUAUGCUGGGCAGCGAACCAUGAUCAAACGCAUGUUGCGUGCUGAACGACGUCCCGAUCUCGAUCCAUCUGAAAUUCUUGUGAGCAGCGUUGAUGGAUAUCAAGGCGAGGAAAACAAGAUCAUCAUUCUAUCAUUGGUGCGAUCCAAUGCAAAUGGCCAAAUUGGUUUCUUGCGUGUUGCUAAUCGUGUCUGUGUCAGUUUAUCUCGUGCAAAGCAUGGCAUGUAUAUCUUGGGUAAUGCAUCAUUGCUUUGUGAAAGAAGUGAUCUUUGGAAUGAAAUUGUAUCCAACCUUGAAGAUCAUGCAAGAAAUCGGAUUGGAUCAAGAUUGCCACUACGCUGCCAGAGACACGGUGAACUUACAGAGGUGCAAUGGCCGGUGGAUUUUGCAACGAUCCCUGAAGGUGGUUGUACGAGACCUUGUGGAGAGCGUUUGCCUUGUGGACAUGUGUGUGAGCUACCAUGUCAUCCCUAUGAUCAUGAAGAAGUACGGUGUCGACAACCUUGCCCAAAGAUUCUUGAUGGAUGUGGCCAUCAGUGUACAAGACGUUGUUGUGAAGAUUGUGGAAUUUGCCUUCAGACCAUUCAGCAUCGUUUCCCUUGUGGACAUGAAGUAGAAGGAGAAUGUGGCCGAAUCAAACGAUUGUUGCAGAAUCCGGCGGGGUGGAGAUGCACAUCUUGCCCGAAAGGGUAA